GGAGUAGAAGUGUUCAUGUCUAAACUUGACUUCAAACAGUAACUACACUAACUUUCUCUUUCUUUUAAAAAAAAAAAAUAUAUCUCUCUGAGGGUGAACAAUGGACUAUAGAACUGGAACUUAACCGUGGUUAAAUUCCCAACGCUUAAUACAGUUUCAAUAAAUUGUGUUUUUUUUUUUUUUUUUUUUUGCUUUUAGCGCGGUAAACCUCAUCAAGCAUCAACCAAAGCAGAGACGAAGUCACCAGUUUCGCAUGCGCAACAUGCAGCGUGGGUUUGUUUUGGGUCAGUGACAACAUGGCGGGAGGUAGUGACAGCGCUCCAGAGAUUUUUUUUUUUUUUUUUUUUUUCUGAAUGUCGGAAGUGUGAUCGUAUUUUGUUUUAGAAGUGCUGAAGGAACAUCGAGUCGCUGCGAUAGGGUGCAACACUUCGUACCACCAGUGCGACUGCAGACUGCUCUCUCAUCCUGCGUCAGCCUCCCCUGCAGCUCCUGUUGGUCAGCUGUGGGUGUUAGUGUGUUGACACGCAUCGGUGAGGUGAAAUUUCUUCACAAGCCAGUUUCAACUUCAGCAGAAAACGUAUCCUCUGAGAAAUCAAUAAAAACCACUAACUGCUCUUGUGUCUCUCUCACUGGAAAAUGACUCUCAGCAAUACACAUUGCCUCUUGAAGUAGAUAAACAAAGCUUCAGCAUGGUGUCUGGUAGAAGACAGAUUUUGGGUUUGGUCCUGGCCAUCAGUGGCUUCCUGGGGACCAUCAUAAUCUGCCUUCUCCCCACCUGGAAAGUCACAACCUUCAGUACUUUUGGCAUUGCUACUGUGAUCUGGGAGGGUUUGUGGAUGGACUGUGUGACCUAUAGUACAGACAAGAGGAAAUGCAAAGUCUAUGACUCUUUGCAUGCUUUUCCUGAAGACCUGCAGGCUGCCAGAGCAUUCAUCAUCGUCGCCAUUAUCGCUGGGCUCUUAGGUAUCCUUCUUGACGUGGUGGUGGGGAAGUACACCAAAUUAGUGGAGGAUGAAAGGCAAAAGAACAAAGUGGCCAUCACUUCUGGAGUCAUCGUCAUGCUUGCAGGCCUCAUGGUGCUGAUCCCCAUCUGUUGGACUACUAACGACAUUCGUCAUUUCGACAACGCUAUCAUGGUCGACUAUUUUCACAGAAAGGAGCUGGGGGCCUCGCUCUAUAUUGGCUGGGGCUGUGCGGCGCUGCUGAUCAUGGGUGGGAGCCUCCUCUGCAGCAACUGUCCCCCCCCAGAUGAGAACGGCUAUGAUGUGAGGUACUCCAAGGCUCGUUCUAUAGAGAGCAGCACUGCCUACAUAUUAGUAUAAGAGAUAAGACAAAAGACUACUUCUCGAUUAAAAUAGUUGAAUAUUAAUUAUGUGAUUGAUUCACAUUUUGUCUUUUGAUCUGACUCUUUUUUCCCUGUAUUACAUGCCAUUAAAAUGUGGGUUGUCCAGGGCUGGACUGGGGCAUUUUUGGCCCAGGUGGCUUACCACAAUCGGUCUGACACCCCUCCCUACACCACCUACUCCCCCUACACCAUUGUUGCAGUACCCUUAAAUAUGUACUGUAAUAUUCUCCCAAACAACUAUAAAUUUGGGAAGGAAGUGCUGUGGAUAAAUGUACCAGUUACAAGUGGAUCAGUGUAUUUAUUUUACUGACUCACUGUUGAUCAAAUGUGGCCAUGGAAAACACAGCUCAUACUUAAAUAGAAGUACUAGUAAUUGUCAAAAAAAAAAACUAGAAGUCACAAUAUCAUUUUAAUAUUUUAUUAGUUCCAGAAUUCCCUGACAAAGCUGUACAGUUUCAACAAGAACAUACUGAGAAUGAGCAAAAAGCUGUUUUGGAUGAAAAUAAACAGGAUGAAAUGAAAAUGUUUUUCCUAAUACAUAAGCAUUCAUUCAUUUUAGCACAGUAGGCUUCAGGUGUUGUAUAAUAGGCCAUAUUAUAUAGUCACAUCUUUAUAAAGGGAACCUAAUAAGCCUAAUAAUCUAAAUUAAUUUAUCAUGGUACAUAUGGACCUAGGUCACUCACAACAGUGUUUGCUUAGCCCGUGUAAAGCUAACAAAAUAACAUCACCUAGUCAGACAGUUAGCUAGUUGCAACUUCAUUAAGGAACUAUAUGCUGGCUACAAAAACAAUGCCAAAUAGCUUAUGCUACGCUAUUUGACAUUGUCUGACUGAGUACUCACUAGCAGUAGGUGAUGGUCUCAUUUUUGAGAGCGUAAUGAUUUUGACGGGCAGUUGGCACCUUAGCCUUUGCUCAUCAGUGUAUGAAUGUGGAUGAUUGUGAUGUAGUGUAAAGGCGCUUUGAGUGGUUGGAAAGACUAAACCUUAAUUUUACAAAUAAAUAAAAUCACAACAACACAACAGAAAAUUAGCAAUCAUAUUCAUAAUCACUGUUUUUCAUUCACAGUCACAAAAGACUGCAUCCUGGCUUCAUAAUCAUUUUUGUUUAGAGAAACUCUGCUUCAACACAGUGACUCAUCUGAAUGAAAGUCAACUCUCAUAGGUCUCAUCACACAGGUGGUGCUGUGUGGAGCUGACCUCCCUCUGCUGGGAGAAGGACAAAAGGGAAUUUUGCCUCUAGUAUCGUUUGGCAGUGUGAUCACUCUGGAAGUCAUGUGUUCUGUGUGGGAACCAUUGCAAAGCUAUUAAUCUUUGCCAAACAGAGAGUACCUGGGUAUUUACAUUCAUUGUGAAUGACUGUCACAUAUUUCAGUGAUACUGUCAGAAAUUAGAUAUUUUUUACUGAUUUAAGAAGUGAUUAAAUUUUGUCUUUAAAUGUUAAUUGAAUAAUAACUCACAACUGGAUGUUUGAAAAAGUGUUUAUUUCAUUUUAGCUUUAUCAAAAUAAAGUAAAAACAUACUGAAACAUAAUUGGCAUAAUUAGUACCCUUACGCAAAUACUGCAUGUGUCUUUCUUACUGGUAAAUGAUUUCAAACAUUGUUUGAAAUUUACAGAACAAUAAUGCUUAUGGGUUGAUGAGAAACAUAGUUUGUCUCUGUGGUGUGUCCUUAUAGGGGCCUCUGCGUGCAAAUCUGAAACGCCACUGUCCUUUCUAAUAGUGU